CAGAAAUAGAAAAUAAAAGUGUAUUAUUGUCUUUGGUUGAGUAAACUCUUGUGAUGUCGUCGUUGAGUAUCGAGUGUCGUCACCUUUUUUAAAUUUUUAUCUAGCUAUUCUGAAAUACUUGGUGAACGUGAUAAACUGACUAAUAUACGUGUCUAAAAGUGAUUUAGAGAAUUUAUUUAGUGUUGGACUUGGACAAAUAAUAAUUAGUGUGAUUAUAAGUUUCUAAUUUUAGUCGUCCCUAGCUAGGGAUAAAUUUGGCAAAAUGAUGACCGAAAAUAGAAUUAGUUCAAGUAAUCACGUCGGAAAUAGUAUCAGUCAAACUAAAGGAGAGGUCGACAAAAGCAUCGACGACGUUGGUUGGAAAUCAAAAUUAAAAAUACCCCCAAAAGACAGAAGAAUAAAGACUAGUGAUGUCACAGAUACUAGAGGCAAUGAGUUUGAAGAGUUUUGUUUGAAGCGAGAAUUGUUGAUGGGUAUUUUUGAAAAGGGAUGGGAGAAGCCAUCUCCUAUUCAAGAGGCCUCAAUUCCUAUUGCCCUAAGUGGAAAAGAUGUACUUGCAAGAGCUAAGAAUGGAACUGGUAAAACUGGUGCUUAUUGUAUUCCAGUUUUGGAACAGGUUGAUCCUAAAAAGGAUACUAUACAAGCUUUAAUUGUUGUACCAACUAGAGAGUUGGCACUCCAAACAUCACAGAUUUGUAUUGAACUGGCAAAACACACAGACAUUCGUGUAAUGGUUACUACAGGAGGCACAAACCUUCGAGAUGAUAUAAUGCGUAUUUAUCAAAAUGUACAAGUGAUUAUUGCCACACCUGGGCGUAUGAUUGAUCUCAUGGAUAAGCAGGUGGCCAAAAUGGAUCAAUGCCGGAUGUUAGUUCUUGAUGAAGCAGACAAACUUCUUUCACAAGACUUUAAGGGCAUGCUGGAUAUGGUUAUUUCAAGAUUACCUAAGGAACGCCAAAUCUUGCUGUUUUCUGCAACUUUCCCCCUGAGUGUAAAACAAUUUAUGGAAAAGCAUUUGAAAGAACCUUAUGAAAUAAAUCUCAUGGAAGAAUUAACAUUGAAGGGUGUAACACAGUACUAUGCAUUUGUUCAAGAAAGACAAAAAGUGCAUUGCCUUAACACACUUUUUUCAAAGUUGCAAAUAAAUCAGUCAAUAAUAUUUUGUAAUUCAACUCAAAGGGUGGAGUUGUUAGCCAAGAAGAUAACAGAGUUAGGAUAUUGUUGCUACUACAUCCACGCACGAAUGGCACAAGCUCAUCGUAAUCGUGUGUUUCACGACUUUCGUGCUGGGCUCUGCCGUAACUUAGUGUGUUCAGACUUGUUCACUAGAGGUAUUGAUGUGCAAGCAGUUAAUGUCGUUAUCAAUUUUGAUUUUCCUCGAAUGGCAGAGACAUAUCUUCAUCGCAUAGGACGCUCUGGACGUUUUGGGCACCUUGGUAUUGCUAUAAACUUAAUCACAUAUGAUGAUCGUUUUGCACUACAUCGUAUCGAACAAGAACUGGGUACUGAAAUCAAGCCAAUUCCCAAAGUGAUAGAUCCUGCGCUAUAUGUAGCGCGUCCGGAAGAUGAAGAUCUGGGCGACAAGUAACGCCGUGCCGUCUGCGCCGCGUUGAUACGUUCGCGCUCUGCGCACGCUUCUAAUAUCUGGACUUGCUGACUUGUGAAUGAAAACAGUUUAACUACAAAAAACUUAUUUGUAAAAAGUGAAAUGAAUUUAAUGUAACAAAAAAUGUGCGUGUGAAUGUAGUUUAUCGUGAAAUAAGACUUUGACCUCAAAAUGGUCACUUUUUUAGUGUACAUAAACGUAACAUCAAAUUUAAGGGAUUAUCUUGAUGCUUUUUGUUCGUGUUGGACAAUGUGCGUUAAGCCACAGAAAUAAAAAGAAAAUGUUUGUUUUCUGGUAAAGUCUACCUAAAUUUGUCCAUGAUCUCUUCAUAAAUUGUGGUAGACUUUCAUAAAUGUAUAUUAUAAAUGUCUAUCCGUAAAAACAUGAAGUUUGAGCCAGCACCGGAUUAAUUUUUUUUUACAAAAAAAAUACACGUUUGGUUACGGAUAGGCAAUGUAAGUCUGGCUGAAACAUCAGAAAUUUGGUGGAAUUAGAAAAAAAACAGUGUAAAAAAAUGUUGUUUCUGACCGCUUGAAACAAUGUUAAAUAACUUCAAGCCGUUUUCCAUGAAAAAUGUCAUGAAGCAGCUUCAGUUUGAUAAACUAAUUAUUCAGAAGGGUUGCUGUGUUGGUCAAACUGAAUGUCUGUUGCAGGCUAACUUUGUGUCCGGUUAGAGUCAUGAACAGCUAUUUUAAAUAUUAUUUCGAAAGCGGCUUACAUAGUCACAGUAGAUGUAUGGCAUUUGAUGUUGAUGGGCUAAAGUAAUUGAAUCGAGAGAAUCAAGUUAUUCAAACCAAUAAGUAAAAUGAAAAACUAAUAAAUAACAAUCAAGUUCUACAAAGCCCAACAAAACGAAUCUGCCUUUACAAACAAGUAAAUAUUUUACAUUCCUGGAAUAAUUUGAAAUCUGUGACUAUUUUAACGAGAUUGGGGAAUGCACUAUUCUGUGACGGCUUGCAGAUAUAUGGUAUUCUCCACUCUAUUUGGGGGUUAUUAUUUUGAGAGCUUUCAGUUUUCAUUACAAUAAAGCAAAUGUUUUGCUCUCUGGGGAUUAAACUUUUCGGGAUGUCAAGUGAAGAGUUAAAUUUGGUCAGAAAAUGGUAUCACAACUAAAAUUCGGAUAAAUCUUUAUUUGAAUAAAAAAAAGGGUACAUACAGUAUUUGAUUUGGAUUAUUAUUCUUAGUCAAUUUUAAAUGCACUUAAAUGUGAAGUAACAGUAUGUACACAGUUUGUUACAAUUUGAUUGAUUGUAAUGCAGUGCUUAAAACUUAAUGAAAAUUCAUUGUUGCUGAAAAUUAUCUGUGAUAGAAAUUAUAAGGUAAAAUAUGUAUGUUCAUUGAAAUAAUCAGAAUGGUUUGUGACGUCUUCCGCCUGUAACUGUAACAUUAUAAGUUAGCAGACUGAAGUUUUAGUGUAGUAACUAACAUAUUACAAUAGAAUUCACUGACUAAAGUUAUGUUUCGCUUCAGCUUUCUGUUGAUAUUUUGAAAAGUAAAUUUCUGUAAAUGUUUAUGUAAAAAAUGCAGCAUAUCAAUUAGUUCAAGUUGUUAUUAUUAAAAUAAAACCUCACAAGAUAUAUUAAACAUAUAUAUUAUAUAUAUAUACACAAAAAAGUGAUAAAAUUGUUGACCAAAAAAUAAAACUCUUCACGCCAUUGUUCUCUUUUAUUAAA